AGCGGGUAGCUAACCUCCAGAACGGUUGAAGUAUGUACUUGAUCCUCACGGUAUUGGACCUGACGGAAUCCCUAUGAGAGAGGGCUGAGCUGAAUCCGGGUUGACGUAAUAACGUACUGUAGCCCUGUUAUGCGCUGCUUCUGCGUUGUCGAGCGCUGGGCGCGAGCAAAAAAAACAAACAUAUUCCAAGCGUCAGUGAUUAGGCCUAUUAUUCGCGUGAAUAUUGAGGACAAAGGACAAGGUGGAUACUAUAGACACGAUAAUAACAUCGUUGGCAACCUGCUUAAACAUGUACCACUCGGACCACAUAGUCGAUUUCCUUGACCUCUCCUUCACCAUCCCAAUCCCUGAAGCCUUGGGCCUAGCAUCAAACCACUGAACCAACCCCUUGUCCUAUAUCCCUCCACAUAUCCUAUACCCCCACCCCAGCACUCACACAGCCUUUUCCCCUACCCCCUGUCCAAACCCCCAUACCCGGAGGACCAUGGACAGCCCCUCCAAGCUGUCUGGCGAGACCCUGAUCGUUCAUCACAUCCCCCUGGUACACUGCCAGGUGACUGGGGGUCGGCAGGGCUACAGCGGAGGAGGAGGGGGGUCCCUGAAGAGAUCGAACCAACCAGAGAACCUGGGCCUGAGCCCCACCACCUCCCUCCCUGAGCGAGAUGUACUCCAGAGGGAAGCCCUGGUGUACAGCAGCCUCAUCCAGACCUCUACAGGAGGAGGAGGAGGAAGAGGAAGAGAAGGAAGAGGGGGAGGAGAAAGAGAGGGAAGAGGGGGAGGAGAUAGUGGAGGACAUGGAGGAGAGAGAGGAGGAGGACGAGGAGUAGGAGAACGAGGAGAAGGAGGGAGAGGAGAAGGAGUAGGAGGCGGCAGCACAGGGAGCGAUAAUUUGUCUGUGACGUCUAGUAACUCGGAGGACCAGGUGAUGGUGGACAACACUCUGCUCAGGGUGAAACCAAGGGAACAGGCCAACAACCCUCUCCGGCUCCGCCACAACCCUUUUCUGCUCAACACGGAGGAGGAGGAUGAUGACGAGGAGGAAGAGGACGAAGACGAUAGUGAUAAUCUCAACGGUUACCUGGAAGAUUCAUCCUUCCAUCUCCAUGGCAAUACAAACUCCGCCCUAGAUGAGGAGGGAGACGGGGUCACGCCCUUUCACCUCCACGACCUGGGGUUCACCACACACGAGCCCUUCCUGUUGCAAAGCACCCUGGGAAAGCACUCCUGGGGCUGCUCUGGGGGACGGGAUUCCCUCAGGGGUGUUGCCUCCGAUCUCUCCGCCCACCUGGAGGGCCUAGACCUGCUGGUAUUGGAUGGUCCUCGCCGACACGGCAGCAGCGGCUCCACCCUCUCCAUGGACUGCGGAGAGCAGGAGUGGGCCGAGGAUGAUGAGGAGGAGGAGGAAGACCCAAUGAGGGGUGGUGGGAGGAGCAGUAGCCAGGCUGACUCGUCUUCCUCCAGCUCCGCCCACCAGCUCUGCUCCUGCUACGGCCUCUCACAGACGUUUCACGAACACUUCCCAGAACAGUUUUCCCAGUCGUUGGAAUGCCAGCUAGGCUACGGCAGUGAAUCGUCCUGCAACAGCUCGGAUGGCAUGCUGGUCAACUUCAGUGCCAUUUAUAACAAGAUCAAUAACAGUGUCCCUUCGACCUCCUCCGAGCCACCUCCUCCUGCCACGACCACCAACCUGAACAGUUCCACUGACCACUCCUACACCUCCUCUGUCUGCACCUCUUCUGUACUGGGUAGGGAGGCAGGGAACCCAGGAAGAGCCAGAGACAGGGGUGCUUUCUACCUCGACCUCCACACUUCCCCCACCGAGCCCCCCAACUCUCAUCAACCAUCUUGCUCCUCCAAUAGCACCCGGUCGUUUGGACUCCACCCCUACACCAACACCUCCGCAUGCACCUGCUCAGCCGAACACCAGGGGGCGCUAGAUCUGGACGCCAACUGCAAUUCUUACCAGCCUCCCCACCACUCAGACUCAGGAAGUGACCUCACAUCCUGUCUGCAGAGUCAGGCCCAUCUCGUGGUAGCCACCCAGAACUACUACAAGUUGGUGACCUGUGACCUUUCAUCUCAGUCGCCACCGAGCCCUGUGGGAAGCUCCGCGUCGUUUACCAGCUGCUCUGACGAGCACAGCAAGGAAAGCCCCGCUCCCGACACGCCUAACACCACCCAGCCAACCGAAUACUACCUGUUCAGACGGCCACCUGGGGGAGAGGAAAAGGAGGCCGAAGAGGAAGAUGAGGAGGGAGAGUUGUCACAGCGUGAUGAAAAUGAGGAAGAGGAUGAUGACGAGGAAGAGGAGAGGAAGAAGAGGGAGCAGCAGCAGUUGGGUGGAGCCUGUUCAGACCUCAUCAUCGAGGGACAGGUGUACAUUAACAUCUCCCCUCCCGUGGUUGACCGAGGACCCAUCGGAGGCGGGACUCCCCGUUCCCGUAGCUACGACCGGAACCUGGACAAGUCCCCGCCCCCUCGGCUUGGCUCAUUGGAGCGCAUGCUGAGCUGCCCUGUUCAUCUCAGUGAGGGCGCCGUCCCCCUCGGCCCUCCCACUCCGCCACGGGUCACUUCCUUCGCUGAGAUCGCCAGGAGCAAGAGGAAAAACAGAGGAAGCACUGGCUCUCCUUCUCUCAGGACGGGGGGAUGUUCAGAUCCCUUCUCCUCCACCCACUCGGCCCACUCCCACUCCUCGGCCCACUCCAACUCCUCGACCCACUCCCCUCCUCGGCCCACUCCCACUCCUCGGCCCACUCCCACUCCUCGGCCCCUCCUCGGACCACUCCCACUCCUCGGGCCACUCCCACUCCUCGGCCCACUCCUCGGGCCACUCCCACUCCUCGGGCCACUCCCACUCCUCGGCCCACUCCCACUCCUCGGCCGACUUCUCCCCCAUCCUGGAGAACCUGGGUCAGGGUCCGAGCCACAGUGUGCCCUUCCAGCGCUGCUCCAGCCAGGGCAGUGUGGACCGCCCUGGUGGUGGCGCCAACUGUGUGGUCUCUCCAGCUCUUUGUGCAGCUCUGCUGUUGUCCGCUACACUAAAGACCAGCGUCCUACCACCCUCCCCAUUCAACCCUUCACCUUCCACCACCAGUUCUCCAAGCUGUCCCAGCCCAAGCCCAUUCUUCCCCUGCUGACGGGCUACGUUUCUGGGAUGCAGGCGCGGGGUGGAGGGCCUUCUGGAGGUCCAGAGGGGUCUGAUGGAGUCGGCGACGACCGAUGGGAAGACUCUUUGCGUCGAUGCCAGAGUGGGGGUACGAUGGGUGGGAUGGUAUCAGAGGUGGCACCGCUCGGCCCUGGCUCUGUCCGGCCCUCGCCGCUGGGUAGCUAUUCCCCCGUCCGUCUCCAGGGGCUGACCUCCACUUCCUGUUCUACCUGCACCCCCAGCCCCCAGACUCCUCGCAGCCUCUCCUGCCCCCUGUCGGCCGAGCUCCUGCCCCUCCAUUAUACCCAUCCACCACCAGCACGACUGGCGGCUGCCCCUCUGCCUCCCACUCCUCCACCUCCGCCCCAGGGGGUGAAGCGGGGUGCUGUGCCCCCCAUGCUGCCUCCGGUCCAGGGCCAGGUGCAGGGUCAGUGUCACCAGCACUACCACCGUGGGACCCUCCCCGUCCUGCCGGUCGUGCUCCAGGACAGUGAGAUUUCACUGCGAUACGAGGAGACGUCAGACUUUGUGGAGGGGAGCAGAGGACCAGGGUCCGCGACACAACAUGGACACCACCUCUCUCCCCAGACUCUGAAAUGGAGGGAGUAUCGUCGUAGGAACCCCCUGGGGGUGGAGAGGUGUUCCUCUGGGGGAUCAGGCGUACCUGCCCUAUCAGGCAGUCUGGAUGGGAAUGGUCGUAGGGGCGUGGCCAGGGGACAGCGAAUCACACGACGGAAUGUGUUUGACUUCCCUCCGGCCUCUAGUGGCCACGCCCCCCUGGGACGACUCAAUGGCCAGUCUGUGAAGCAGCUGCAGCAGCACUACAGUGACUUCCUGCCAGACUACUUCUCCCUGACGGAGCGUCCUCCAGACGAGUUCUGUCUCUCUCCUGACGCCUCCUCUUCGUCAUCGUCCUCCACUUCCUCACAAUCCCACAUCUCUGUGAACCUACAGCAGAAGAGAGGUUUAGUCAAAGCCAUCAAUACAGCAGUAGAUUUAAUCGUGGCUCAUUUUGGCACCAGUCGGGACCCUGAUGUUAAGGCGAAGCUGGGUAACAGUUGGGUGAGUCCCAACGUGGGUCACCUGAUCCUGAAGUACCUGUGUCCGGCUCUAAGGGAGGUGCUGGGGGAUGGGCUGAAGGCCUACGUCCUGGACCUGAUCAUCGGACAGAGACGCAACCAGCCCUGGAGCCUGGUAGAGGCCUCCACACAACUAGCGAUACCUACAUCAGGCCCAUCCACCUGUGUUGUCCACAGCCUGUUCUCCAAGGUGUCCCAGUACUCAGAGCUCACCAGCCACAGCAUGAGACUCAACUCAUUCAUCUUUGGACUGCUGAACUUGCGAUCUUUGGAAUUUUGGUUCAACCAUCUCUACACUCAUGAAGACAUCGUAGCGGCUCACUACCACCCGUGGGGUUUCCUGCCGUUGUCCCAGGGGCCGUGCCAGCCUCUCUUGGAGGAGCUCCUCCUCCUCCUCCAGCCUCUGUCUCUGUUGCCCUUUGAUCUGGAUCUGCUCUUUGAGCCGCGAUUGGUCCAGAGGAACCAGGAACACCUGAGAAGCAAGGAACAGCUCCGCUCCGCCUCCGCUGGCCAGGGCCUGGACCAAUCAGCAUGCUCCACCUUCCAGCUCAUGAGGGGGUGGAGCUCUGAGUCACGGAGAGCAGAGUCUAUGAGAGAAGGGGCGGAGGUUAAAAAGGAAGGAGGCGGGGUGGGGAACAGAGAAAGGUUGGGGCUGAGACGAGAGGGGACGUGGCCUAGGAUGGAAGGGGUUGGAGAGAGAGGGAGGAGAGAGGGGAUGAUGCAGAGGAUGGGGUCGAGGAGAGAGGGGGUGGGGAUCGAUAGUUUGGGGGCGGGGCUUGUAGAAGCACAGCCAAUGACAACCGAAGUAGGGACAGGAUUUGCAAACCUGUGGAGAGAGAGCGGGAGAGGGAAGGGCACAGGAAAGAGAGUGAAGGGUGUGGGAGGAGUACGCCAUGAGGAGGAGGGAGAGAAGGAAGAGAGGAGGAAGGGGAUAGAGAGGGAUUGGGCGGAGGAGGGUCGUCAGCAGCAGGAGCGUGAUCGCCAGGCGGGCUGGUGGUACCAGCUCAUGCAGAGUUCCCAGGUCUACAUCGACCAAUCAGCUCAGGGUGGGUCGAAGUUUGUUAAGAGCGAGAAGAGGAAGAAGUCUGCAGAGAGGCGGAGCCAGAGUCAGCACCCACUCCCCAGGAAGGGUGUUGUGGAAGGGGCAGAGUCUAGCCAGGAAGAGGAGGUUCUUAGGGAGAGAAGCAGGAAGAGCAGCUCCAGUGGUGAGUGGAUGGGGUCCAGGGGAAGAGGAAGACCAUCCUGGAUGGGGAGUCCACCAGAGUCAGUGCUCACCCAGGACAAGGAGAAAGAGAAGGAUCCAGGAACCACAAGGGCCACAGAAGCCACAGCGACCCAGCCAGCAGCCCAGACUGAAGACCCCUCCCUGGGCCAGAGCAUGCGCUGGGUCAGACUAUUUGGGUCCAGCAUGGGUGGUGGUGGCCCCCCCUCCAGGCCAGAUGGAGCAGAGCAGAGACCAUCCAAAAGCAGGAGGAGCAGGCUGCCGUCUGGAUGGCUGACAGGUCUGGACAUGUCCGUGCUGGACCUCUUAGUCCAGACGGUGGGGGUGGGGACAGUGAAGAGGGUGGAGCCUUCAGCUCCUCCGGCCCCUCCCACUCUGAACCAACCCUCUCCACCUCCUCAGCCGCCACAGGAGACCCAAACCAAACAGCUGUGUGAGGUGCGUGCCCUGUGCCACCACAUAGCCACAGAGCCUGACCAGCUGAGUUUCCAUAAAGGGGACGUACUGAGUGUCCUGAGCCGGGCUGACUCCGACUGGCUCCUCUGCUCCCUGGGGGCCCAGCGGGGCCUGGUGCCUUUCAUCUACGUCACCCUGAGGGGUCUGGAGGACAGCCAGGCGGCCCAAGAGCCUCAGGGGCCACUCUGACCUGACCGACUCAACUAGGGUUCCAAAAUUCACGUUUUCCAGAAUUCCUGGUUGGGAGAUUCCUGGAAUCAGGAGGGCAUAAGUAGGACAUCUGUAUAUCCUCCAACCUAGGGAUUUUGGGAAAGUUGUCAGAACCCUAGACUUGCAACCCUAGACUGAACCCAGGGCCCAGAGGCCACAGUAGAGUAUGAGGGUGGAAGGUGGAUAGGGGAAAAGGAUUCAGAGGGCCAAAGAUGGAUAUACAGCAUACUACAGAACAAGACGAUGGUAUACUCAUGGAGAAGAGACCUUGAAAUGACUGGUUUAAAGUGUAGUUAUUGUACUAUGGAGAGGCGUAUGAAACACACACACUCACACACACAGACACAGACGUAAACAUGCAUUAAUGUACAUAUAUGCACAUGCAAGCAUGCAGGCGCAAAUACGCUAUACUUCCCUAUGUAUGCAUGUCCAGUAAACUCACACACAGACACCAAACUGCCUGGGGAUAUUUUACAGAAAGGAGACAAGGCUAGCUACUGACUGCCUUGGCCGCAUCACAUACUGUAUACUAUCCCUAGCUAUACUACCCCUACCAUGCUACAGAGUAUACUCUAUCUAUCAUUCAUCUAGCUGUGCCACUCUUUGAAUGCCAAUGCUAUGCUAACGCGCUAAUGCUAGUUCUAAUGCUAGUGCUAAUGCUAGUUCUAAUGCUAGUGCUAAUGCUAGUGCUAAUACUAGUGCUAAUGCUAGUUCUAAUGCUAGUUCUAAUGCUAGUGCUAAUGCCAGUGCUAAUUGUUAAUGGAACAUUUCAGAGACUGGUUAAAGGACUUGUCAUCCAAUGGAUCCACGCCGACAUGCUUUUCUCUGAGGUUCAUUCACCCAGAGAUCCCCUGCUUUGUUGUAGGACGUAAGUAGGAAAAGUAGUUUUGUUAUAAAACAGAAAAUAAAAGCUUUCUUAGUGUGUGUGAUACAGCUGUCGACAAUCUCCACAUCUCUUUGUGGAGUAAAUACAAAUGGACAACCGGUUUAAACUGGCUUCUUCAUUACAAAUGGACAACCGGUUUAAACUGGCUUCUUCAUUACAAAUGGACAACCGGUUUAAACUGGCUUCUUCAUUACAAAUGGACAACCGGUUUAAACUGGCUUCUUCAUUACAAAUGGACAACCGGUUUAAACUGGCUUCUUCAUUACAAAUGGACAACCGGUUUAAACUGGCUUCUUCAUUACAAAUGGACAACCGGUUUAAACUGGCUUCUUCAUUACAAAUGGACAACCGGUUUAAACUGGCUUCUUCAAUCUCCAGAUUCCUGAUUUUCAUCAUCUUGUUAACGCUAUGGGUGCGUUCCUCUGCCCAGGCGUUGCUGACGCCAGAUCUCACAAAGCUUGGAUACGUAUUUUACGUAUCGGCUAACCACAUCACCUGUAUGUUAUAGCAAUCUGUCAGGACGUGGCACCACCAAUGAUUACCAACGAUGGACUGUCAAACCUGACUCUGAUUGGACAAGCCCAAUAACAUCCUCUGGCUCCUCCCUUCAUAUCCUGUUGUUUUGAUGGAUGGGACGAACUGACCUAUCACUGCAAUUGUCAGGAAAGAAAAGGGCAGAGCCGGGCCAAGUGCAUGUAACCUAGCAACAGACGGACAACGUUUUGUGUCUUUUUUACAGUGUCUUCACCCCUGUUCUGACCCCAAAACCCUAGCUCCUCCCACCUACCCCGCCUCUCUACCCCUUAACCAAUACAACUGCACAGCUUUAGGAGGAGCUGCAGUACCACGAUGACAGACUAAACCAAGUGAUUCAAUAAGCUUUGAACUCUUGUCUAUAUAUCUAUCCAUACGCACUGUAAAUGCAUAUACUUACACACGUUUAUUUAUUGACUAAUGAUGAUGUCAUGUGUCAUUGUUGAGGGGGAAAAAAACGUGUGAAUGGAAAGGCAGUAGAGGUGGAUAAAGAAGGGAUGUCCAAUGAAAACAACGUAUGACUUCUGGAGGUGUGUUUAGGUGUUCUUAACGGGAUGUUUUGUUUGGAAAAGCUGUAUAAUCACCAUGGCAACCCCAACCCCACCCGAACGAACCUCCCUAUUGUAAAAAUGGGUCUACUAAAGAGAAAAAUCAUGUUUAAACGUUUUUUUUUAAAUGCUUCAAAUUAUUCUGAUUGGUAGUAUGUAAAGAGAAAGAGAGUCAUUUUUCUUGUGUAUGCCUUAAAGUCCUUGAGAAAGAACCACAGAGAGAGCUGCUGUGUUGGAGGUAUCUAGCGUCUGACUAUGCCUGUGGUCCCUACAUGAUUCUUAUCUAUGUGACGGCGCGUCCAACCAGCCACUUUCCCUGGGUUUCAGUCGGAAAAAGAGUAUAUAUUUUCUCUGGUAAUAGAAAAAAGUAUAUGGCUAUUUUUUAGGGUGGGA